UUUAUUGCAUCUUUUUUUUUCUUUUUUCUUUUUUUUUCGAGUCGGAUUAAGAGCAGGUAAAAUAAAUAGAGUUUUCGUUCUUUUCUUUCUUGUUCUUUUUUUUUAUGACUUUUUCAUUUCUAACUCGCUCUAAACCUUCACCACCACCACCACAAUAUGAACUAUCACAGGUUAUCAACUUGGAACCACUUAUGUCAUUCAUGGACAGUAGAAACAGUUUAAGUCAUAUUUUAGACAACGACGAUAUUAGUGAAAGUAGUAAUUCAAGUACAAGUUCCAUCCAUAGAACAUCCAAUUAUCAAAAAGAAGAAGAAGAAGAGGAAGACAGUACUCCUUUUUUAAGUAGAGAUAUUGAAGAAGAAGCAAACGAUGUGAUUGGCAAAAAAACUGUAAGUUGGAUGUACAUUCUUGACGAUAAAAACUAAAAAACAAAGAAAACCACAACCUGCAAUAAAUGGAUAUGUAUGGCUUUUCUUUUACUUAUUUUUACAUUUUGGCUGAUAUGGACCAUUGGUCUAAGUCAAAUGGGACCAGUGACAGAGGCUGAGGAACAAUCUUCUGUUAAAAAGCAUAUUGAUUUACCAGAUUUGUAUAAUAUAUCAUUUGCUACUCGAAGGCCUUCACUUGAAUGGGUCAAGCAUGAUCUUCGAGAUGGUGUAUUUAGUUAUCGAAGCCCGACAACAAACGAUAUUAUCUUACAGUCAAUUGAAGGAGGAGUCGCUGGGAUAUUAGUGAAUGCAACAGACCUAUCUAUCAAUGAAGGUCAAUUAGAGGUUGAAGGAUUUGAAAUAUCACAAGAUGCACAAUAUAUCCUGUUCAAGACAAAUGUAACCAAGUUGUGGCGAUAUUCGUCCUAUGCCAACAUGUAUGUUUACCAUGUCAGCAACAAGACUUUAUUCCCUCUGCAUCCUCUUGCCACAGUCAAUAAUACACCCAUGGUUUCUUAUGCAGUCUGGAGUCCUCAAGGACAUCAAUUGGCCUAUGUACUUGGCAAUGAUUUAUUUGUUACUGAUUUACAAAACACAACGCGUAUUACCUUUGAUGGAUCUUCUACUAUCUUUAAUGGUGUGCCUGAUUGGGUAUAUGAAGAAGAAGUGUUUAGUAAAAACUAUGCUGUUUGGUGGUCCCCUGAUGCAACUCACCUUGCUUAUUUGAGAUUCAAUGAAACAGCUGUACCUGAAUAUCAUAUGCAAUAUUAUACUGCAUCGAACAACAGUUAUCCUGAUGAAACAUCGAUAAGAUAUCCCAAGGCUGGAUCACCCAACCCACUUGUAUCACUUCAUGUACAUUCAUUACCGACCAAUACAACCUUCAUGAUCACUCAUAGUGAUGUACUGAACACGACGCAGGGUUUUCCAGAAACAGACCGUCUUAUCACAGAUGUUGUUUGGGCAACAGAGACACAUACACAUCUUUUAUUCAAACAAACAAAUCGCAUUCAAGAUACUGAACUGACUCACCUCGUCAGUCUAUCACCCAACCUGACACAGAGCAGCAUUCAGUUAGCACGUACUUAUAAACCCAAUGAUGGUGGAUGGGUUGAUUUAGCACAAACCAUGGUCUUUAUUCCAAACAAGAAAGCCAAUGAUUCAGUCGUACGUUAUUUAGAUGUGAUUGAUGAUGGAAAAGGGUUUAUGCAUCUGGCUAUUUUGAGAGCCACAGAUACAAAGCCACGCUCGCCUCAUUGGUUGACAUCAGGAAAAUGGGAAGUUGUGUCUGGCAGUGUGGUGGUUGACAAGACAAGACAGUUGGUUCAUUAUAUCUCGACUGAAAAAUCGCACCUUGAACGUCACUUGUACAGUAUUCAAUUAAACCAUUCAAAACCUAUUCGAACAAAACUAUGCUUAACGUGCGCUGACGAUGAAGAGGUGCAUGCGUAUUAUGAUGCCAGUUUCUCACCUCAAUAUGGCUACUAUGUGUUACAAUACGAAGGUCCUGAUAUUCCUACGACGGUCGUCAAAAAGAUUGACAAUAGCUCAUUUGAGUUGGUAUUGCAGGACAAUCAACCGCUGCGAGAUGUGUUGUCUGAAUAUGAACUACCUCGAACACGUAUGGUGUCUGUCAAGAGUGGUGGUAUUGAUAUGGAUGCGAUGGAAGUAUUGCCGCCUGACUUUGAUGCUACCAAGAAAUACCCUGUCUUGUUCCAUGUCUAUGGUGGGCCUGGAUCACAGUUGGCUUCGUAUCAAUUUGAAUUGUCUUGGAGUACCUUUUUAGCUAGUAAAUUAGGGUACAUUAUUGUCACUGUGGAUGGCAGAGGCACUGGGUUUAAAGGAAGAAAGUAUCGCUCCGGUGUCAGAGAAAGAUUAGGUGAAUUAGAGACGAUUGAUCAAAUCAAUGCAGCCAGACAUUGGGCAUCAUUAGAAUACGUCGAUCCAUCACGGAUUGCUAUUUGGGGAUGGUCUUAUGGUGGUUAUAUGGCUUCCAAAGUUAUUGAAGCCAACAGUGGUCUUUAUGCAGCAGGAAUGGCUGUGGCUCCUGUGACAGACUGGCGAUUUUAUGACUCUGUCUAUACAGAAAGAUAUAUGUCUACACCUGAAUUGAACCCUGAAGGAUACAUACAGAGUGCCGUCAACAAUAUGACUGGAUUUGAGAACACACGUUAUUUACUUGUACAUGGCACGGGUGAUGAUAAUGUUCAUUUUCAAAAUGCAGCUGUCUUGGUAGAUAAGUUGACGCAAGCUAAUGUUCAUAAUUACCAAGUACAGUUUUACACAGACAAUAGUCAUCCUAUACAAUACCACAAUGCUAACCAAAACGUAUACUAUUUACUCACAAAUUUUCUUUGGGAAAGGUAAGAUUAUAAAUAAUUAGAAGCAAUGAUGGUUUGUGCUGACUUUUUCUUUAGUUUUGGUGGUGAAGAAUAUCAACAUGUUCGACAAGAACUUAAUGG